AUAAAGGAUGAGGCACUUGAAUCAGAUUAAACUCAAGGGUCUUGAAGAUUUAGCAAAAGAAUGGGAGAAGUGAAGGUGAUUGCUACACCUCAAAGCUUCCCUUGUGCAAGGAUUGAAUGGGCUUUAAGGAUAAAGGGUGUGGAAUAUGAGUACUUAAAAGAAGACUUGGCAAAUAAGAGUCCUUUGCUUCUUCAGUCUAACCCAGCCCACAAGAAAGUCCCAGUGCUCCUACACCAUGACAACCCAAUUGCUGAAUCACUUGUGAUCCUUGAAUACAUAGAUGAGACAUGGAAGGAGAACCCUUUGCUACCACUAGACCCUUAUGAGAGGGCACAGGCUCGUUUCUGGGCCAAGUUUAUUGAUGACAAGUGUGUGUUUGGUGUAUGGGGAGCCACUGUGGCCCAAGGAGAAGAGAAGGAGAAAGCCAUAGAUGCUGCACUAGAGUCACUUGCAUUUAUUGAGAAGGAAAUUGAAGGGAAAAAGUAUUUUGGUGGGGAGAAGAUUGGUUAUCUUGACAUUGUAGUUGGGUGGAUGUCUCAUUGGCUCAAUGUCCUAGAAGAGCUUGGAGAGAUUGAACUACUCACUGCUGAGAGGUUCCCAUCUCUUCAUGCCUAG